AUGAGAACCCAUAUGGCUUGGAUGGAUGUUGCACUAGAAAAGGCGAAUGACUCCUUAAAAGCAGGAGAAGUUCCUGUUGGCUGUUUAUUUAUAUACAAUAAUGAAGUCAUUGCUACGGGUAACAAUACAGUUAACGAAACACGUAAUGCGACUAGACAUGCCGAGAUAAACUGUAUAGAUCAGGUUUUCGAAUUAUGUAAGACUAACGAUUUGUAUUACAUCGAAGUGUUUAGUAAUAUCGAUGUUAUAGUUACCGUAGAACCAUGCAUUAUGUGUACAUCAGCAUUGUAUCAACUACAAGUACGUAAUAUUAUAUACGGUUGUGCGAACGAUCGUUUUGGUGGAUGCAUUAGUGUUUUUAAUGUUUCUGAAAUUUAUAAAUCACGAACAAAGAUAACGGGUGGUGUUAAAGGUGAUGCAGCAAUGACUUUGUUGAAGCAAUUUUAUAAAGGUACAAACCCAAAUGUACCUGAAUCAAAAAUAAAAAAAGAUCGCAAAACAAAAAAGUGCAUAAAUCUAGCAGGCAUCGUAUAUAAGUAGUUGUUGACAAUUUUGACGCAUUUCCUUUUCUUUGAUUUUGUAACGAAUAGAAAUAAAAAUUUGGAUUUUAUUUGGAUACAAUA